AUGUCCGACCUCCCCGGCUUCAAAGACUACUUCAACCUCACCGGCAAAGUCGCCCUGGUAACAGGAGGUCCGCCCCUACCUCCCAUACAAGUUCCUCCGCAUACUAACAGCCCAGGAUCCCGCGGCAUCGGCCUGCACAUCGCAACAUCGCUGCUCCUCGCCGGCGCCAAAACCGUCUUCAUCACCGCCCGCAAGACCCCAGGCGUCCAGCAGGCCGUCGCCCAACUCAACGCCCUCCCAGGCAUCAAAGGCAAAGCGAUUGGGAUCCCCGCGAGCGCCGCCGAAACCGCCGAGAUCGAGGGCCUGGUCGCUAAAGUGAAAGAGGUCGAGCCGAAGCUCGAUAUUCUGAUUGCGAAUGCUGGCGCGACCUGGGGUGGGCCGUUUGAGGCGAGCCCGGACUGGGCGAGCAAGAAGGUCGUUGAUUUGAACGUGAGGGGGGUUUUUAACCUUGUGCGGUUAUUCACCCCCCUCCUCACCCUCGCCGGAACACGCACCUCCCCCUCGCGCGUCGUAAUCGUCAGCUCCGUCGCCGGGUCCGUCGUCAGCCACAUCGGCAACAACGGGACGAUCAUGUACUCGAUCUCCAAAGCCGCCGCCACCCAUCUAGCGCGGAACCUAGCCGUUGAACUCGGGCCUCGGAAUAUCACGACAAACAGCCUCAGCCCGGGCUUCUUCCCGUCGAAGCUGGCGAGCGGGCUGAUUGAGAUUCUGGGCGGCGAGAGCGAGCUUAUGAAGGCGAAUCCGAGGCAGAGGCUGGGCGUGCCGGAUGAUGUUGGGGCUGCAGUGCUGUUUCUUGUUGGGCCGGGGGGGAAUUAUGUGAAUGGGAUUGAUCUUACGCUGGAUGGGGGGAGUAGUCUGACGAGGGGUGGGAUGGCGCAGGUGAAGUUGUAG